UGUCCCACUUCCUUUUCCGGCGGCUGCUGAUUUUGGAUAGUGUAUCCGCUGAUUAGGACUGUACGCCUUACUACCUUUACAACGUUUUCCUGCAAACGUUUUCCACGCAUUUCCCCAUUUCGUUUGUUUUACAAUUCAUUUGCAUAAUAAUGUGGACCGCGGGGGUGACUAUCGUAAAUUGGAUCAGCGAAUGGCCUUUUAACACCAAGCAAAGAUUCAGAACAAUAGUUUAGAUAAGACUACAAACAAAAAGACUAAAUUGGGCAUUUUAGCCGGCAGGGUUAUUGGCAUAAUAAAGGGACAGUCACAAGAAGUUCUGGGUACUGCAAAGGUUUAUACCUCUUUCAUCGGGCCAGUUUCAAGUGUCUCACCUGCUUUGACUGGCCGCUCUUCGGCGCGCCUUCUGUGGAAAAUAGUUUGUGUGUCUUUAAGGCGCCCGACUGCCUCACUCUGGCUUUGUGCUGAGGAGAAACUCACGCCAUCGAGACAGAAGAACAUCAUUAUGAUUUCAUCCUGAAAAGUUGAGUGAAACAAAAAGAUUCCAAAUAACCACCAUUUACAGCAAAAUAUCAAACAGCACCUUUAAGGUUGUUUUUUUCGGAGAAGCCGAAAUGAGGCCUCGCCACGCGCUGAUUCCAGCGUCCGCUGCGCUCCUGCUCUUCCUCUCUGGACUGUCACUGACCGCCGGCUGUAAUAAAGCUCUCUGUGCCAGCGAUGUCAGCAAGUGCCUUAUUCAGGAGCUGUGCCAGUGCAGACCAACAGACGGGAACUGCUCCUGCUGUAAAGAGUGCAUGCUGUGUCUGGGCACUCUGUGGGAGGAGUGCUGCGACUGUGUGGGGAUGUGCAACCCUAAGAACUACAGCGACACGCCGGCCACCUCCAAAAGCACGGUGGAGGAGCUCCACCGGCCAAUCCCGUCGCUCUUCCGUGCGCUGACGGAGGGAGACGCCCCCAUCAACAUGAUGGUGGUCUCCUUUCCCGUGGCCGAGGAACUCUCCCACCACGAGAGCCUGGUGUCCUUCCUGGAGACGGUGGACGACCCGCACCAGAAUGUCUCGCUGCCGGGCAACAGCAUUCACGCCCGCUAUGACGGCAGCCAAGAUAACCUGUGCACAGUGGUAUACUUUGACGACUGUGUAUCAAUCCGCCAGUGCAAGCUGUACUGCGAGUCUAUGGGCGGCUCCAAGUAUCGCUGGUUUCACAAUGCCUGCUGCGAGUGUAUUGGGCCCGAGUGUCUGGACUAUGGCAGCAAGGCUGUCAAGUGCAUGAACUGUCUCUUCUGAGGCCCUUGGACUGGUUCUCCUGGAGAGCUGUGAAUGGGGGCACCACUAGGGGGUGCCAUAUUUUGACACGAGAAGCAGACAUGGGAUGGACUGGACAGAUGGACCACGGCUAACAUGCAUCAGUGUGCUUCAGUAUUGCCAUGUAAAGUAUUUGCCCUUGCCAAAUUAUUUUGUAUUUUUCUAUGUUUUACUGUACAUUUUAGAUAUUUUUAUAGGGUUUUUCUCCAGAUAUGUAUAUGGAUAGUGUUUUUCCCCAGAAGUCAAACUUGACAAAGUCAAUUCAUUUUUUAAUUUGUCCACACAUGCCAAAUAAAAGAUUUUGGUGACUGUCUCAAGAGUA